GAUAGACAAGCUUCGGUCCAUGGCACCAAUCAAGAUCCUGCCCACUUUGAUGCGGGGUAUUUAAAUAAAUACUGAUAAAGAACAUCGGUACCCAUCUCAACACAAAUCCAAUUUCCUGCUCUGAAAGCCACGCUCGAAGAUUCCCACACCCUCAAAUCUAGCCAUGACAUCUCACAUGGCGAAUCCACCCACUGAGAGCCGCCUCUCAACACGCAUCUCCCUCCGAUGGCUCCCAGAACCCGCUUCCGAAACGACUGACACUAUCGUCAUGUCCGUGAAGGGUUGGUAUGUCGACCUUCGCGUAGAUAAGAAAUCCGGUGACAUUGACUGGGCAAUUGCCGGUCAGCGGGUUGUGGAUAGUAGCGACCCUCGCCGCGUGCAGUUUACCCAUGAGAUUGACUCCCAUAACUCUUUUGAUGACGUUGACUGUGGUACCUUUACUACGUUGCCGAAUGGCGAUGACCUGGAGACUGGAUCUAUGUCUCGUCCAGAUCUGCCUGGGGCUCCGGUGACAGAAUAUGAGGAGGUCUGGCGGGAAUUGAGCUUUAGAGAGGGUCCCGAGGGGCCGGGGAAAGGUGUUUCAUGGGUUUUGGAAUCGAGACAUGAUCUCGAAAUUGAGGAAGGCGAGGAGGCGGAAGUUUCGAGGACAUUUUUGGCGAAGAUUUGGGGCACGUAUUUGGUGGUGCAACAGAGGCAGGUAUAUGUGCGCUUAGUAGGUUCUAAGGAUGUAGUGGUGAAGACAGGGCAGGGGGUUAGUGCUAGAAGAGAAGAGUGGGAUUCAAGUGCUGCUGGCUGGUCAGCUAAGUAUGUUCUUGGUCUUGAAGGCGACAGUUUGCCCAGCGCUCAAGACGUCGAGGUCAACGAACAGCUACGAACACCGGGUGGAACAAUUUUGGUCAAAGGUCAGCCAUAUACAAUCCGGUCAUAUGAAGAAAGUGUAUAGUGCGCUGCGCUGUAUUACUCUAUAUACUAUGUACAAGGUCUAUUUAU